AUGGGGCAUGUGCAGGGCAAGGAUGCUCGUGAGCUCGUGUGGUCUGGCGGGCGGAGCGAAAUCGCGCGGCGUGGUUGGCCGGGCGUAGACGCACCAGGCCUAGUCAUCUCUGGCGAGUCCUUCGUGAUUGAGAUGAGCCGACUGAUGAAGAUAGGAAGCGGGGAGGAGGUGGCUUAUGGCUACCGCUUGAUUGCUGAAGCCCAGUUGGCGCCCAGUACCGUGAAAUCUAUGCACCUUGCGUGCAACGCUUCGGAGUACGUCUGUGCCUCCAUUCUGUCAGAGUGUGGCGGUGACGAGGAAGAAGCUCUCCGGCGCUAUGGAAAUGCGGAGGUGCGGCGGAAGUGGGAGGAGCUGGAAAGCCUGUCGGAGCAGCGCAAGCAGAGCCUGGGCCUGCGAAGUGGUGGUUGCUUCGUGGCUUCUGAGGCCUCAGCCGCAGAGGACUCCUGGCUGCUGGGGGCAAGGAUCGAUUUGGGUGCAGCCACACUGAGCUUCGCAGCGAGAGAGACUCUGAGGCCUAUGCCCAAUGACUGCUUCAGUGACCAGGACUAUCAGGAGGCACUUGGCUCGGAGCGACCCAAUGUUCUCCCAGACUCUUUGACUGCAAUUUGUAUCAACGUCUUUGUACAGGUCGCAGCUGAGUUUUCGGCUGCUCCAGAGUUUACUUUGCCAUUGGACUUGGGAAAAGGCAUCAAACUGGAGCGGAGCGGGAAUGCCCAGCAAGUGCCGUUUGUGUUCCAUCCCCAGGCCAAUGGCACCAGCAUUUUUUGGCGCGGUGAGGCAUGGAUCAAUGUGGCCAUGACGGAGCUGCCAAGCCACUUGCGCAAGCACCGGCGACGGCAGGAAGUGUUCCAAGCCCUGCUGGACACUCCGGCCUGCGAUCCUUCACUGCAGAACCAGCCGGAGCCCUGGCACUGCACUGUUGCCGGUCCGUGGUGGAAGGAAGCCCAGUGGUAUGGCCGCCCAUCAGAGCAUUCAAGUGGAGACGUCCUCAUGUCGGCAGUGCACAGUGGCAGCAGCAGUUUUUGGCUGGAAUUCGAAGUCCUUGCCAGCGGCCUUGUUGUGGCCUACCGGUUGCACGAGUACGGGCGAUGUGCCUUUCGUGAAGCUGUUUGGACCUCCCAGAGGAGGCUAAGUCUCUUCAGCGCGGACCCGGAAGAUUCCUACGAGCUUUUCGUGACCCCUGGAGAGCUCGAAGAGCGUGCAGGGGACUUGACGCCACUCUUCAGCUACUCCCCAUCCGUACUGCUCCUUGGUGCCCACGGCAGAUACCUGCCACGACGGCCCAAGAAUUCCCAAAGCCGUUGGUUCAGCUGCCCGCUGAAGCUGCACCUACUCCCGGGCGGCCUGACAAGAGUCGUCAAGGAGCUCGAGGAUGGAGACGGUCCAGAGUUACUCGACGCUACCCGUGCACCCUCGAGUUCGGAUCUCUUCCUUUUUGCCGAGAGACUGUCUGCCGUGGAGCCGCUGUCCCAUGUCUUGCUCUGGUCCACCAUCACCUCCACCACUGCCGCCGAGGAGCCGCAGCCUGUGGACUUGGUAGAGAUGCCGCGCCUGCAACUGCGCUUCCGGCUCAGAGAAGGGCCCACCAUCCAGAACGGGCAUGAUGGGCCCGAAGUUGCCUUCGCAUGGAAGCUCUUCUGCGAUGCUUAUGGCGGGCAGUUGUACCUCGAAUCAACUGGGCACCACGCGAUACGGCAGCUUCUGCCUAAUUGUCCCUACGCUCUUCCGCCCCAUUGCAUGCUCCUGCGAUCUGAAGCUGGUGAAGCGAAGGCGCCGGUUGUGAAAGAUGUGGUUGCACCGCUGGGUGGGCUACGUCGGCGGCGGAGCUAUCCUGAGCCUUUCUCCACCAGAGUCAGUCUUCAGGUCUUCGAUGACGACUUUCUAUGCCCUGCAGCAGCUUACGACCUGCCUCUGGCCACCGGCACAGACCUGAAAUGUGCGAGUCUGCUGUCAGCCCUGUGGCUGCUUUUGUGUCGCUUGCUGCAGCGCGACUACGAGGGUGCUGCCAAGCUGCUGCCGUUCGUUUCCGUGGCUUCAGCCGAAGGCCACCUGCGAAGCGACGAAAAGCGGGUCUUCCGAAUGGCUCUUACAGAUACCUCCGACCGCAGCCCAGACGCUGCGGUGCGCUUGAGACUUGUGCACGCUGCCGUGGCCCUGGUCCAGCCAGAUGAGGACCUUGCCCGCUGCGCCUUCGCCGACGCGGCGAGCUACAUUUCCCACCUGACCCACGUGAGCCAAAGCUGCUGCAUGUCCUUGGACGAAGAGUUGGAGCUUUGGAGCAGUCUCAGCAUGAUGCGCAGCGAGAUGGAAGCCACCAACCGCUUCAUUGCUUGGCGCCAGAAAGUACUGCUGGCCUGGAAGCAGGGCUUGUCGGAAGUGAACCUGGAGUGGUCGAGGCAUUGCCCGGGUGCGUGGCUUGCCACGGUCUUGAGCGACGAAGAGCGGGCCAGCUAUCUUGCCAACCCUCCAGUGACAGAGAUUGAUUGCAUCGGUCGCUUGUCUUUUCUUUUGACCAGCAUUUUUCUACUGUGCCACCACCCCCUAGACCUGGGACCCCAAAUAGGACCGGCCAGAAACAGGGUAGCUUCUCUCGUAGCUUGUCAGGGAUCAAGUGCCAGCCUCUCUUGGAAUGCUCCAAAUUUCUUGCUGCUGACUGGCCCGAGCUGCUGGACCUGGUGCAGAGCAUCGCCAUGA